AAGAGCAACCUGAUGCAUCAGUUGGACGACCACGUGAACGACUUCAUGGACAGUCUGAUGGAGGAGUCGUCCAGCCUGGAGUCUGCUCCUCUUCCCGCCUCCUUCUCCCCCCCGCUGUCCGACAAGGAGAGGAGCAAACUCAGGUAUUUCCGGCCUCCUCAUGGUGAGGGGAAGCAGUUCGUCAGUCGCCGGUCCCUCUUAGACGAGCUGUUUGAGGUGAACCACAUCAACCACAUGUUCAUCGCUCUGCUCAUCCUCUUCAUCCUCAGCACGCUGGUGGUGGAUUUCAUCGAUGAAGGCAGGCUGGUGCUGCACUUUGAGCUGCUGGUGUAUGCGUUCGGACAGCUCCCCCUGGUGGUGUGCACGUGGAUCUGCAUGUUCCUAUCGGUUCUGCUGGUUCCCUACAGUCUGUUCCACCUGUGGGCUCAGACCCAGAGGGGGUCUCACCCUCAGUUCUGCAGCUUCCUGUUCGGCUCGGUGUUCCUGCUCUUCCAGGCGCUGGCUGUUGGCUUCCUGCCGACGUUUGUGGUUCUGACCAACAGCUUCCCCCCCUCCUGCUUCAUCGUCAUCCUGGAGCAGGUGCGUCUGAUGAUGAAAGCCCACUCCUUCGUCAGAGAGAACGUCCCACGAGUCCUGAGCUGGGCUAAAGAAAAAAACAGCCCCGGCCCUGUGGUGCCUCAGGUCUCUCAGUAUCUCUACUUCCUGUUUGCACCCACUCUCAUCUACAGAGACAAAUACCCCAGGAACCCGGUGAUCAGGUGGAGCUACGUGGCUUCAAAGUUCCUUCAGGUGCUGGGCUGUCUGUUCUAUGCGUACUACGUGUUCGUGCGGCUCUGCAUCCCUCAGUUUCGCAGCAGCAGCCGUCAGCUGUUCGACCUCCGAGCCAUGGUGCUCUGCGUCUUCAACUCCAUCCUGCCCGGUACUCUCUCUCUCUCUCUCUCUCUCUCUCUCUCUCUCCACUGCUGGCUCAAUGCUUUCGCUGAGAUGCUCUGCUUCGCUGACAGGAUGUUUUAUAAGGAUUGGUGGAACUCGACCUCUUUUGCUAACUACUACCGCACCUGGAACGUAGUGGUGCACGACUGGCUGUACUACUACGUGUACCGCGACAUCCUGUGGAUGUCUCAGAAGCGCUUCAGACCGGCGGCCAUGUUGUUUGUGUUCACGGUUUCUGCCGUCGUGCACGAGUACAUCCUCGCCAUCUGCUUCGGCUUCUUCUACCCCGUCCUCUUCUGCCUCUUCAUGUGCUUCGGAAUGAUGUUCAACUUCAUCCUGCACGACCGGAGGAAAGGUCCCAUCUGGAACGUGAUCAUGUGGACGUCUCUGUUCCUCGGUCAGGGGGUCAUCCUCUGCCUCUACUCUCAGGAGUGGUACGCCCAGCAGUACUGCCCUCUGACGGAGCCUUCAUUCUUGGAGUUGUUGAAGCCUCGCUCGUGGAGCUGUCACAGAGAUGCUGGACUCUGA